AUGAUAUUGAAGAAAUACGUAGGAUUUGCGUUCCUUUACUCUCAUCAUCAUCUAAAAUCUUUCCCCACUUUUUCUACACUUUCAGUUUUAAGUAACGCUAUAAAUCCAGUUCCCAUAAAGCUUCAUCAUCUUCAACAUUAUUCUUCCUCGCCUGUGCUUCCAGUAUCGAAAAUCCAAGUCACUCAUGCCCAGAAAAUCAAAGAUGGGUCUGCUCACAACUCAUCUAUCAGUAACUAUGUUUUAAAUCUUUACACAAAAAGUAACCAUUUAGCCUCUGCCCAGAAGUUGUUUGAUGAAAUUCCUCAAAAAGAUGUUCGAACUUGGACGAUACUCAUAUCAGGUUUUGCUCAAUUUGGGCGUAAUGGAAAUGCAUUAUCGUUGUUUAUUAGGAUGCAAAAAGAGGGCAUUGUUAUUCCUAAUGAAUUCACUUUAUCUAGUGUUUUCAAGUGUUGUUCUAGUGUUAGUAACGGGCUUAGAUUGGGAAAGUCUAUACAUGGCUGGAUGGUCGUUACUGCUGCAGUUGAUUUGGAUGUUGGUUUGGAGAAUGCUAUACUUGAUCUUUAUGUCAAAUGUGAGUCUUUCGAUUAUGCUAAACGCUUCUUUGAACUGAUGAGUGAUAAAAACGUCGUAUCUUGGAAUAUAAUGCUGGCAGGAUAUCUGGGUACAGAUGAUAUGGAGACAAGUGUCAAACUCUUUAAAAUAAUGCCUGAAAAGGAUGUUUCGAGUUGGAAUACUGUCAUUGAUGGACUUUUGCAACAUGGGUUUGAUAGAGAUGCCCUUAAGCUCCUACGUCAAAUGACGUUAGAUGGGCCUUCUUUUAACAAAGUUACGUUUUCUAUAUCAUCAACGUUGAUGUCUUCUCUUAGAAAUCUAGAAUUAGGAAGGCAAAUCCAUGGUAAAGUGAUGAGGUUGUCUAUAUACAAAGACACGCUUGUAAGGGCCUCAUUAAUUUCUAUGUAUUGCAAAUGUGGUCAGAUGGAGAAGGCUUCUAGGAUUUUCCAAGAAUUCCGUCAAGGUUUUGUUGAAGUACAACAUUCACAUUCUGUUCCGUGGAGUACAAUAAUAUCAGGUUAUAUUCACAAUAGCAUGCUGAAAGAUGCUUUACAAGUCUUUAGCUCCAUGAUAAGUGAUCAAUUGGAAGUUGAUGUGUUUACACUGUCAAGCAUUCUUAGUGCUUCUGCAAAUAGUGGGCUUUUAGAACUUGGCUGGCAGAUUCAUGGCUAUGUUCAAAAACUUGGACACAUAUGGGACAUAUUUUUUAUUUCAGCAAUUAUUGACAUGUAUGCCAAAUGUGGAAAGUUAGAUUCUGCUCUGUUGUUUUUUGAGCAAACCCAAACUCGGAAUAUUGUGGUAUGGACUACUAUGAUAAACAGUUAUGCUAUACAUGGAAAAGGAUCUGAUGCUAUUCAGCUAUUUAAUCUUAUGCUGAAUCAAAGGAUUGCACCAAAUGAAGUAAGUUUCAUUAGUGUUUUAACUGCAUGUGGUCAUGCAGGUUUGGUGAAAGAAGGAUGCAAGUAUUUUAGAUGGAUGAAACAAGUUUAUGGCAUCAAGCCUGGUGUUGAACAUUACUCUUGUAUGGUUGAUCUUUUUGGCCGUGCUGGUUGUUUAGAGGAGGCUUAUGAUUUCAUUCAUGAGAUGGGCAUCUCUAACAUGUCUGAAGUUUGGAAGGUAAUCUUAUCUUCUUGCUUGGUGCAUAAAAAUGUAAAGAUGGCAAGACAUGUUUCUGAGAAAUUGCUAGAACUUCAGCCAAGUGAACACAGUCCUUACAUUCUGUUAUCAAAUGCUUGUUCAGAGAAUGAAAAUUGGGAUGAAGCGUCAAAAUUAAGGGGUUUGAUGCAGGAAAGGGAAGUUGUGAAACAUCCGGGUCAAUCAUGGACUUAG